AUGUUUCCUCGUUUCAUUUUCGGAUGCUGGAGUAGGGUCUUGGUUUUUACCGCUUCCUUGGUAGUUCUUCCCGAAGAGGGGGCUGGGUUGGGAGGUGUCUGUAUUGUCGGAGUCGGAGUCGUGGGUGAUCUCCUCAUCCUGGUCAGCUAUAGUGACGGCGAAAUUUUGUGGCACAUUGGUUAUGGCUGCUGCCAUUUGUUCGUCCUCAGCCCUCAGCAGGGAUUGGAAGGUUGUAUGGAGGGGUACGGAUGGCUGUUCAGACUGGGACCUUGUCAGAGGUUAUGGGGUGAACAGGGGGGAUAUUUACCUCCAUGGUUUAGCGGGGAACUUGUUGGGGGGGAGGGAACUGACACAGUUCCUGCGGAGUUACCCGUUUUAUUCCCGGCUGCUAGAAUGCGUCGGUAUUUUCGGUUGGCGGUUAGGGGGGGGUUUGGGUUUUCCCGGAUCCGGGUGGGGGGCAAUUUCGGCGUGUGGGGUGGGCCGGGGUCGGGUCGGUUGUUGGUCAGGGUUUUCGUCAAUCUCGUCCACUGUGGCUGGGGGGGGGAGUUUCCCGGCCCUACUCCUAUCGUGGGCGCGGGGAAACUGGAGCCGGGGCUGCAGAGGUAUGAGAGGGGGUGUCUCCAGAACGCUCGGGAGAUCCGAAACUCGCUUUUUGGGGAUACCAGGUCGAGCUUAAUGGUGCAGUUUGGGUGUGUCGUGGAUAUGCUCUCGGAGGGGUUGUUGGGGAGUCAUAUGGUUGAGACGCAGAUCGGCGUAGUUAUAAAGGGACAGGGCGAUUGGGUAAGGGGGUGAGGGAGAGCGUUUCCUGCUGGGCCAUCUUGGCCAAUAGUGGCCGGGGGCUGCCUGGGUAGCCGUUAGGUGACGGGCCAGGCUUCGGUUAUGAUCGGUGGCUAGUGGUGGGUUAGGGCGUCAUUUGGGUGAGCAUUAGGGAGGUGGUACUUGUGGUUUCAUGGGCACUGUAUUGAGGUUAGGGCUGAGGCGGGCGAUUGGUAGGUUUCAUAGGGCUCUAGUUUUUAAUUUGAUUUUGGGGGGGUCCCGGGCUCGGUUGUCUGCUCGGGCUGCG